AUGAAAUUAUUACAAUUUACAGAAGAUGUUAGGCCGGCCUAUUAUGGUACAUGGACGAAAUUAAGCAACUCUAUAUCACCCAAGAAUCCAUUUACCAAAGAUACAGAACUCAUUGAUUAUGAACAUGAUAGUGAAGCUGAAUGGGAACCUGAAGGAGAAGGUGAUGAUAUUCAAAGUGGUGAAGAAGAUGAAGAUGAUAUAGUACCUGAAGGAAAUGAUCCUGAAGAUGUCGGAUGGCUUGUACCUGAAGGUUAUCUCUCUGAAGGUGAAGGUGUUAAUGAUAGUGAUGAAGAUGGUAUGUCGAAAAUUGUACAACGAUUAUCUGUACGUCCCAAAUCUAGAAAGAAUAUUGCUAGUCGACCUAUUAUUAUUGGUCCCAUAUUUGAAAAUGAUGAUGAUAUGGAUCAAAAUGAGCCUUUGAAACCCUUUGGUAUCAGAAUGUUAUUUGAUUCAAAUAAUAAUUCUAAUGGUUAUGAUCCAUUUGCAAUUAUUGAAAAGAAAUCCAAUUCUACGGAUAAUAAUGGAUCAAAUAACAAGACCAAUGGAUUUACUUCAGAACAUGCAGAAGCAUUGAUCAAUAUUAUUCAAGGAAAAGUGGAUGGUAUGACUAAACUAGUGACUGAAGCCAAAGCCAAUUCUUUACUUUGUGAAUUCCCAAAAACUCAAAUAGAAGCCAAGAUUAGAGAUAUUGCUAUCAAGGAAAAACGUGGAAAUGAUACGAAAAGUGCAUGGUAUGCUAAAACUCAAGUCAAAAACUUACCUUCAUAA